AACGGCGGAGCAGGAAUCAAAACAAGAGACGGACACGCCUUCGCUCCUAAAGGUUAUACCAGCUUAUUUGUUAUACCUGCUGCACUAAAAUUCGGCCCGACGUGCACGAAGAGGCCAAAAUCAUCACCACAAAGAGAAAACCCCGCAUUAAAAAAAAAAAAAAAAGGUGCAAGAGCCCACUGCAGAAAUGGAGUCCACAGAAAUGUCAGACAGCGCUGACAGGAGUCGUUGAUAGAGGUCGAAAAUAACACUGACACCCGAAUCCUGUAAAAUGCCCAACCAGAAGAGCAGCAAGGGAAAGAAAAGCAAACGCACGAACAGUAGCGGGGAUGAGCAGGAAAAUGGAGCCUGUGCGGCUGUAACAGGAGGCGCGGCCGCGGCGGCUGCACCCAGAAACGAGCGCUCGAGUGAGGUCCAGUGUGCGACCCCCCUGGGCUGCAGCUUGGGUCGUGCCAUUGAUCUGGAGAAGGACGACUGCCAGCGGGUGGUUUGCAACAGCGAGCUCUGCCCUUACGGCAACUGGAUGCAUCUGCAGUGUUUCUACGAGUGGGAGAGCUCCAUCCUCGUCCAGUUCAACUGCAUCGGCCGUGCGCGGUCCUGGAAUGAGAAGCAAUGCCGGCAAAACAUGUGGACCAAGAAGGGCUAUGAUCUGGCCUUCAGGUUCUGCUCCUGCCGCUGUGGCCAAGGUCACCUGAAGAAGGACACCGACUGGUACCAGGUGAAACGCAUGCAGGACGAGCGUAAGAAGAAGUCAUCGGAAAGAAGCAUGGGCAGGACUGGAGCCAGCGGAGGGGCUUCUGGGUCCGGGGAUGGGCUUUUUGAUGAACCCAAGAAAAGCAAGCCACCUGGAGGAGCUGCAGGAGGAGGCAAACUAACUAAUAGGGCCUCUAGUCAGGAGUUACCUCGUAGACAAUCAAUGGACCGACAGAACUCCAUAGAGAGAGGUGGAGCAGCAGGAGGAGGGGGAGGAGGAGGAUAUGCAAUAGGAGGGCCCUUGCCUUUUGGGCCUCAUCAAAAAUCUCCAUGUGACUCCCCAGGACAAUCUCCUCCUACUGGCUUCACCUUCUCCCCCACUGCUGCUGUCGGAUCGGUGGGUGGAGGAGCAGGUCUGCGGGGUUCCCGUCAACUGGGAGAGUUCUUCAAAUCAGCCGUCCACAUGGAUGCACAGAGGAAACACUUGCUGCUCGGGGGAUCUCUCAGUCGGAGUGGAGGCUGCUCCAUGGGAGCCUCUGGCGGUGCAGCUGGUGGUCCUCACCUAGAUGCAGGGUCUGUCCUGCCCCUACAGCUAUCCUUUACCCUCCCGCUUCACCACCGGCUCACCUCUGGCAGUGUGGGUGAUGGCAGCCACCCUCACCCAGUGCAGUUCCUGAGGAGGCUGGACCUCUCGGAACUUCUCACCCACAUCCCUCGCCAUAAGCUCAAUACCUACCAUGUCCGCAUGGAGGAUGAUGCCCAGGCAGGCCAGGGAGAAGAGCUGCGCAGGUUUAUUCUGUCAGCUCUCAGUGCGAGCCAGAGAAACGUGGUCAACUGUGCACUGUGCCACCGGGCAUUGCCUGUGUUUGAGCAGUUUCCUUUGGUGGAUGGGACGCUGUUCCUCAGCCCUUCACGCCAUGAUGAGAUUGAGUAUGAUGUCCCAUGCCACCUUCAAGGCCGGCUGAUGCACCUCUACGCCAUCUGCGUGGACUGUCUAGAAGGCGUCCACAAGAUUGUCUGCAUCAAGUGCAAGUCACGCUGGGAUGGGAGCUGGCACCAGCUGGGCACCAUGUAUACCUACGACAUACUGGCUGCUUCACCAUGUUGCCAGGCCCGUCUCAACUGUAAGCACUGCGGGAAGCCGGUGGUGGACGUUCGAGUCGGGAUGCAGUAUUUCUCCGAGUACAGCAACGUCCAGCAGUGCCCUCACUGCGGCAACCUGGACUAUCACUUUGUUAAACCUUUCUCCUCCUAUAAAGUACUCGAGGCUUAUUGACAAAUGUUGCUCUUGCAUGCUAGUUGAGCUGCUUUUUGUUCUAAUUUUUUUCUAACACAAUCUAGGAAAGAUUUUAUUUUUUGGGCCUUAAGGUGGUUUUUAAGUUCUCUCUCUUUUGAUUUCUGUACAGGAAAUGUAUGACCCUAGUUAGAGAAAUAAAGUUUCCAUGACAGUAUCUCUGCAGUUAGAGAUAAGUGUUGAUAAAGUGUUGAACUGACACUUAAGUCAAGUGAACACAUUUAUCUGUGACGAGUGAAUGUAUCUGUAUGCCAAAUUUACUUUUAUUUUUUACCAAAAACAAUCUUGAAUAAAGCUGAGAGAGAUA